AUGACAUCGAAAAUUUUUAUCAUAUUUCUGAUAAUUACAACGGCCAAUUGUUUAAAUUAUGGUCGAGUAACAAGAUCAAUAACUAAGAAUUUAGAAGGAAGAGCAAAUUUAGUCGAAUCAAGACAGCAUCCCUACAAUUUAUUUAAAAAUCGGGAUGAUUUUGUUAAAACUGCUGAGCUGUAUAUAAAAAAUAUUAAACCCUUUAACUAUAUACAAUAUAAGCCCUACAGGCCUAUAAAGACAACAUUUAUGUAUAACAAAGAUUAUGUUAAUAAUAUACUGAAUUCUCUUAAUUUGCUGCAACAAGUACCAAAUAAAACUCACGGUAUAAGUAGUACCACUGAGGCUAUUAUAUUAUCCAGUACGGAAAAUACAAAUAUAGAAAAUGUCACUGCACAGUCAUCAACAACCGAUGGUAUUAAUACCACAAAUACUCCUAUUCAAGACACGGAAUCUUCAACUGUUAAUAAUAAUGAAGUAAUCGAUUCUGCACAAAAUGCUUUUGUUUCGCCUAUCGUCGAAGAGUUUACAACUGAAAAUACCAAUUCUCAGUCAGCAAGUACUGAGACUGUAAUAACAAUCGAAGUGCCUAAAACUCCUCAGGAAAGUUCAACACAAGAAGAAAGUACCACUUUACCGGUAAUGGAAGUAACCACAGUAGAAGCAAUAAUUAAUUUAAAUAAUGAAAUUACAACUGAACCCAUAAAGAAUAUGGAAGCAUCAACAGCAACAAUGGAUUCUGUUGAGUUGUUUACAACAACCGAAGAAACUUCUAUGGAGGAAUCAACUCAAUUUAGUUAUACUACUGAAGUAUAUGAAGAAACGACAACUGUAAAUCCCGUAGAAUUUACAACGGGACGCCAAACCGAGCAAUUCUCAACAGAACAAACAACAACUAUGAAUCCCCUAGAAUAUACAACGGAACAUUAUACGAUCGAAAUUUCAACAGAACCAUUGGAAUCAACUACAGCUUUUAAUAUAUCUAAUGAAAGAGCUACAACUCUAAGCCCAGAAGAUAUAAAGAGUGCAAUGGGACAACAAACCGAUAAUGCGAUAAUGGAAUCAACUACUAUUGUUAAUAUAUUUGCUAUAGAUUCGACAACAGAAACAAGCGAUGGAAAUUCCGAACCCUUUACAAUUGAAUUUAGUGAUUCAACAACUGAUGUAUAUGAAAGGACUACAACUAUAAGUCCUUUGGAAUAUACCACUGAAAGACAAACGGAAGAAUUGUCAACUACAGAAAUUUCAACCACAACAUUUUCAACUUUCAUUGAAUCGUCAACUAAUGUUAUUCCGGAUUCCACAACAACUUCAUCAAUAUAUGAAACAACAACUGAAUUAACCGAUGAAAUUACUACUAAUGGAUUAAUUUUAGAAUCGUUACAAUUCACAACAGAAAAUUCGAGUGUUUUUUCAACUACACAAAGUGAAAUCACUCCUGAAGUAACAACAGAAGCACAAACACAACCAUCUACAACUGAAGCGGAAUUUUUUGAUUCAACUACAAAUUUUGCUGAAUCAAGUCAAGAAACUACAACCGAAAAUAAUCAUGAAUCAUUUAAAGACAGUACAACGGAACAAAUAGAUGAAGCAACAACUGCAAUGAUAGAUUCUUCAGAACUUCCACUUAUCAAUGAAGGUUCUACAGAGUUUCCAAGAGAAACACUGGGAGAAACCAUAACAAAAACCAACGUUGAUAUGGAAGAAUCGACGGCGGAAAUCACCGGUGCUUCUGAAACUACUUUCACACUAGAAAUGACAACAGAAUCUUUUUUAGAUACUACAUCUCCAAUAUUGAAAAACGUUACAGCCCAGUCAGAAUCUGAAAUAACGGAAUCUUCUACUAAAAUUAUGGAAAACACUGAUGAAACUACUGAAUCAUUCUUAAAUGAAACAACCACUAAGUUCAAUGUUACAACAACCGCUAUUCCAGAAACAACAACUGAAAUCUUUAAUGAAAUCUCAGAAACAACCGCCGAACCCGAAAAAGUAGAAACUAUCACUUCAAUGCCCAUAAACAUAAAUGAAACUACAAUGGAAGCUCUUAAAAUAUAUAAUUCCACUGAUGUAAAAAUUUCAGAGUCCGAAACAUAUAAUGAUGAAAAAAUUAAAUCUUUAAAUAUGUCAAAAGAAUUGUUAACUAAACUUUCUAAAUCAAAUACCGAAAAUCAAGAAAAUGAGGGGUCAAAUCGUAAAGCAAAGACAUUUACAUAUGCCACCGAUGUAAUGCCAUCAUUGGGUGAUUAUGAUUACAUAUAA